UGCUGGAGCUGGUCUCCACCAAUCUCAGGAGAACACCUGCAGGACAGGCACUAAACUACAGGCCCAUCUGUGGAUCUCUAACCCUCUGCUUCUUGGCUGCAGGCAGCGUUGUAAUAUCCAAGGCAGGGCUUGACGACAGUCAGACGAGCCCGGCUCAUACUGAACCUGUCCCCCUGCAGAACCGCAUGGCGAUGUACCAGGCAGCGGUCUCCAAACAGGACAGACCAGACAUCUCCAGUGGGGUCAUGGAAGAAGCUGAGGUUUGCUCUUUGCCUGGGGGUCUUGCCAGCGUCCGUAGACAGUUUGAGAGUGAAGAGAUGUCCUCUGCUCACACAGUCACCGAGUUUCACCUCACACACAGAUCUGUGCAGGAGGUGUCAAAUUCAUCAGCGAUGAGUGUGGUGAGCAGCAGCGGGGGUCGACACGUCUCACAGCAGGUCUUCCUCCAGGAUGAAAAGACUGUAUGUGAUCACCAGCAGGGUGUUUCCAGUUAUGAAAAUCAUCACAAUGAAACUGAGGGGGAAGAGUACUUUCCACGACUCUCAACUAAAGAACUGGCACAGAUUUUUGAAAAAACUAUUGAGGAAGCAGCCCCAAGCAAGAAAAUGAAGAUUGAACGUAACAUCAGCCACCCACAGCUGGCAUCAGAUGUAAAUGUAUCCCAUCAAGCUUUGCAUAGCGAGAUAUCGAAAACUUUGAACAGUGUUGACAAAGACAAAGCGGAGGAGGCUGAAGCAAGCCCUUUGCCUGCUUUUGAUGAUGAUGAAGAUGAUUAUCUGGAAUAUCUGCCACCACCCCCACCAGACUUACUAGAUGAAUUCUCAGAAGAAGCAGAGGACUUCCCAGAACCCCCAAUUUACCCAGUGAAGCACACAAUGAACCAAGAGCAAUACUAUAGACAAAGAGAACUAUCAGAGCUCAAACGACUCUGCAAACACAUUCACCCGGAUGUCAGGAAAGACUUAGAAAGAGAAUUCUAUAACGACGAGAUGGAUGCAGAAAUCGAAGCUGUAGGAGAUGUUCAGGAGGCAGCAUACCAGUUUGAACAGACUGGUAGCGUUUCAAAUGAAAGCCCAGAAUACUUGGAGUGGGAUGAGAUUCAAAGAGGUGAGGUGCAGUCCAUGCGCUGGAUGUUUGAGAACAAACCUUUGGACUGUAUUAAGGAUGACUAUGUAGAUAAUGAAGAGGACAUCAAGGUUCAACAGGAAAUCAUUGCAGGGGGUGAUGUGAAGAACACUGCUUUGAUGUUCGAGACACAGCCCAUGGAUGCACUGGGGCUGGAUCGUGAUUCAGCUAAACACAACUAUUUAGUGAAUAAAGUCAGAAAGAGAGAUGUUCGUGCGGCAGCCUGGUUGUUUGAAACAAAGCCAAUGGAUAAGUUGAAUAAAAUUCAUGCUGACGAAGAGCAAACCAAAGAAGUCAUCUUCACGCAAGAGGCAACCGGAGGGGAUGUGAAGUCUGUGAGGCACAUGUUCGAAAACCAGGAGAUGGACUCUCUUGGCGACACUGAAACUAUGGACGAGAAGCAACUUCUAAGUCUCAAGUCUGUGCUGGAGGAGAUCAAAUCAGAAGUAAAGAAGGUUAUAUGGAUGUUUGAGACUCAAUGCAUUUGUGUAAUGAGGGAGCACUCGGGUGCGAUGCUUCUUAUUAAAUCUGUCCGAAGAGAGGAAACAGAAAAAGGUAACAUCAAAACAUUAAGGUGGCUUUUCGAGACCCAGCCUUUGGAUGAGAUUGAAGAGGACCUUUCUCAGGUUCGGCUCAUUUCCAGCAUUACCAUGGAGGACAACAAGCUGGGUGAUGCAAAAAGGGGAAGAUGGCUGUUUGAGACAAAGAGUCUUGACUCCAUAAAUGCACAGUGGGAAAGACUGCAAAAGCAGCAGAAAGAAGAGAUUCUUGGGACAGAUGUACGCAAACACUGCAUGGUAUUCGAGACUCAACCGAUGGACUCGCUGAAAGACAAUUCCAACUCUAGGCCUGUCACCACAGAGCAGAUUAUUGGAGGCAACGUUCGCUCUGUUAAAAACAUGUUCGAAAGUUCUCCACCGAGUGAGCUAAAAGAACUGCCAGAAGUGGGAAAAUUAAAUAAAAAGGUUGAAUUUGAGGAAGGAAAAUGUGACGUUAGACACCAGAGAUGGUUAUUUGAGAAUAAGCCUUUGGAGAACAUCAAAGAUGAGGAAGAUGAGGUAUGCCGACUUAAGGAAACUGUAGCAACUAAUGAAGAAAGAGGUGAUGUCAGACAUCAAAAAUGGCUGUUUGAGAACCAAUGUUUGGAAGAUAUUAGAGAGGAAAAGAGAGAGUUUACAAAAACAAUCGAAAAUGAACAAAUAGAUACAAAUUACAGGGUUGAUGUCCGGCAAAAUUGUUGGGUGUUUGAGACGCAGCCAAUGAACACGUUAAAGGAUGAUUCAAAUGCCAAACCGGUAGACACAGAGGAAAUUAUAGGUGGUGAUGUUCAAUCAGCCAGAAACUUUUUUGAAACUGCUCCAAAAGAUGAGACGAAAGAGCUUGCAGAGGUGGGGAAACUCAAACGAAUGGUGACAUCUGAGGAGAGGGGCGACGUUAGACACCAGAAAUGGGUGUUUGAGAGCCAACCUCUCGAGCAGAUCAGAGAGGAAAAAAAGGAAAUGACACGAAUGGUGAAUGUGGAGGAUAUUGAAAAUGUUGAUGUUAGCAACUGCAAGAAAAUCUUUGAGACUUACGACUUAAGCCAAUAUGAUGAAAGUCAAAAGAUUCAAGUUGAGGGUGUCACCUCCGGAUCUGUGCGAUCCAAUAAAGAUCUGUUUGAGUCAAUGCCUUUAUAUGCCAUACAAGACAGCUUGGGGCAUUAUCACGAGAUCAGAACCGUACGACGAGAAGAAAUCGUCAAAGGAGAUGUCAGAAGCUGCCAAUGGAUGUUUGAAACUCGCCCUAUUGACCAAUUUGACGAGAGUGUCACCAAAUUCCAAAUCAUCAAGGGCAUAACUCAACAAGAGGUUGAAUCUGGGGAUGUUAAGACAGCAAAAUGGCUUUUUGAAACCCAGCCGCUCGAUGCUAUUAAGUAUUUUAGCAAUAUCGAAGAUGAGGAGUGUGUUACUAGGGAAACGACAGAAAUAGUGAAAGGUGAUGUUAAAAAUUGUAAGUGGCUUUUUGAGACCAAACCUAUGGAUACGCUUUAUGAAAAAGAAGAGUUCAAAAGUGAAAAAGUGUGUGGCGACAUUCAGAAAGGUGACGUGAAGACAUGCACUUGGCUUUUUGAAACUCAAACUCUUGAUGCCGCACAGGAUAAUUCAGAGACAGUGUUGAAAACUCGCACUGUGAAACAAGAUGACAUUCAAGGAAAAGAUGUACGUAUGGCAUGCUUCCUGUUUGAGACUGAAAACUUGCAGGACAUUACUGAUGAAGACAGGGAAGCCUUCAAGAGAGUGACUGAGAUAGACAUUCAGUCUGGGGACGUGUCUCGGAUGAAAUACAUUUUUGAGACCCAAUCAUCAGAUGUGAUAAGCUCAACCUCUGAGGACUUCAUGAGACAGCAAAGGAGUGUUCAAGCUGAGGAUAUUCAGAAAGGAAAUGUUGGAAACCACAAAUGGCUGUUUGAAAACCAGCCCAUAGAUGCAAUCUCCGAGACCCCUGGUGAGCUGAAAACAACCCGCACCAUACAAGACAUUCAGGGAGGCAAUGUAGAUAAAGGCAGAUUCAUUUUCGAGACCUACUCAUUAGAUAAGAUUCAAGACGAGCCUAUAAAAUUCCAGAAAGUCACCCGAGACGAGGAGGAGAAAGGAGAUGUGAAAAGCUAUGCCAUGAUGUUUGAGACUCAGCCUCUUUACGCCAUCCAGGACAAAGAAGGCUAUUAUCACGAAGUGACCACACUUACAAAAGAGGAAAUACAAAGAAGUGAUGUGGUGGGAACCCGCUGGCUGUUCGAAACAAAGCCUCUGGACUCAAUUAGAGACUCAGAUGAGGUCUACCUCUUAAAAUCUGUUACAGAGGAAGACAUCCACAAAGGUGACGUCAGCUCAGCGAGGUGGCGGUUUGAAACCCAACCCCUGGAUAGGAUCGCAGAGGAUGACAAAAUGUCAAUCAAAACUGUCAUAGACAUUAAAGGAGGGGAUGUUAAGACAAACAAAGAGCGCUUCGAGUCUGAUACAAUGUCUCAGAAGUUGGUGCGUACUGUUAGCAUGAGUGAGAUUAAUAAAGGGAAUGUUAGGACAGCAAAAUGGAUGUUUGAAACUCACACAGUUGAUCAAAUCAACUGUGAAAGUUCAGAGGAUGAAAUGAAUACAGUUGUUAUGGAGGAAGAGCUGAAGGGGGACGUCAAACAGUCUGUUUGGCUGUUUGAGAAGAAUCCUCUCGAUCAAAUUAAAGAGAGUGAGGACACUAAACAGGUGGAGCAUGAAGAGAUCCCCAGAGUGGAUGUAAAAAUGACAACAUGGCUUUUCGAAACCACUCCAUUCCCUGAUUUCAAUGAGAGCAGUUUGGAGAAAAAUGAGAUUGUUGGUAAAAGUGUCAAAGCAACCCUCGAUGAACUAUUCGCUCAGAAAAUGGUAGACUCAAAAGGCAUUAUUAUUGAGGCAGAUGAAAUUGGAGAUGUUCGCAUGGCUAAGUACAAUCUAAUGAAUAAAGAGGCUCCUCAGAUCCAGAAAGAGGAAAUCAUCAAAAGUGAUCUACAAAAUAUCAUGAUGAAUCUCCUUAACAGACAGGAGAAAAAUGAGAGGGCAAUCAUUAUAAAUGCAGAGGAGAGAGGGGACAUCAGUGGCACAGUGCAACAGCUGCUCCACCAGCACAGUGGCACCACUGUGGAGAAAGAGGAGAUAAUAAGAGGUGACAUUGAGGAAGCCAUAAACAACCUAUUCAAAGAGGAGAGCAAUGGAAAACGGGGUAUUCUCAUUCAGGAAGAUGAAAUGGGGGAUAUUCAUAUGACCAUUUACUCUUUAUUUAAUACACAUGAAGAAUCAACCACUUUGAAAGAAAAUAUAGUCGGAGGUAAUGUGAAAGGGUGCCUAGAGCGACUUUACAAUCCAGACACAGAGGAGAUUGAGAGAAUUAAAGUGGAUGAAGCAGAAAGGGGAAAGGUGAGGUUUUAUUCUACGUGUAUCGAAUCAGGUGCACUGGAUUACCUCAGAAAGCUGCAGGUAGGACCAGAUGAGACUGAGCCAGGUAAAAUUGAAAAAGAGGAAAUCAUUGGCUGUGAUAUUGAAGGGACAAAACUCAGCCUGACACGUAAUCAGACACAAAUCGGUCGCCUGGUAGACAGGGAAGUUAUAGUCCCAGGCGAUGUUCAUAACACUGUCAAGGUUUUCAUGACGGAGCCUCCAGUCUCAUUUGAGCAUUUACAGAGAGAAGAAAUAAUAAGAGGGGACUUACAAGCAGCUAUGAACUCACUGACACAAUCCAUAAACCAGACGGUUGUUCUGGAGAAAGAAGAAUUGGUUAGAGGUGAUCUAACUACAACCCUUAAGUCUCUUGAGGAGGCCCAAAAUCAGAUGAGAGAGGUAGAGAAACAAGAAAUCAUUCCUGGUAACAUCAAAGGAGCACUGAAGUCACUCAAAGACUCUGCUUCCACCAAGGUGGAAAUAGUCUUAGAAGAUUUAGUGCCAGGUGACAUCAAAGGUAUGUUAAAAUCACUAGAGGUGGCCAGACAUGCCGUGAAAGAGGUAGAGAAAGAGACAGUUGUUAAGGGUGAUGUUCACACAGCAAUACAGAGUCUGCAAGAAGCUUCUAAUGAGAUAAAGGCUUACCAGCAGGAUAUUGAUGUCCAGGGAGAUGUGAAAGGAAAGAUUCAACUCUUACUCGAGCCUCCUCAAUCCCCCAGAAUGCAACGUAGGGGAAGCACAGAGGGUGAUGUGAAGCUUUCCAUAAAAGCCCUCUAUGAGACACAAGAGCAAAUGCAAUCGGAGAAAGAGGAGAUGAUAAAGGGGGAUGUAAAGGGCACUAUAAAAUCCUUAAUGGAAACAGCACAGAGAGCAAGUCCAACAAUUCCCCGCAGGAAGCCGAUAAGAAAGGUCAAAGUGCCUGUCAAAACCCUGUCUCCAUCUGUAAAUGAGAUCCAGACACAUAGGGCCACCCCUGCAGUUAAAAACCUUGAUAUAAGCUGUGAAUCACAGAUGAACACUCAAGAGCAUACGACUGCCAAAUCAAUGCACAACAGAUAUUCAUCUCAAGAGAGUCAAACCACAACACACAGCCAGGAGACAAAUACCACUGUGUUGGAACAAAAAACGAUAGUUCAAACACACGCUGUCAAAACUUUAAAGACGGACUUCCGUAACCUCAAAAGUAGUCGUAAGGGUUUAAUCAGACUGGAUAAAGCAAAAGAAAAGCAACAACAAAUUUGCACACCACCAUCUGAGCCCGAACCCCCGCCUCCCCCUCCCUCACCCCCUCUUGAUUAUGAUAGCAUCUCAUUCCCCACUCCUCCUCCAAGCAUCAGAGGUGAUCAUGAUCUUCCUACUCCGCCUCCUCCUGUAAUUUGUUAUCCAGCAAAGUCUGAACUUGACCCUUUACCUCCUCCACCAACCCCACCUCCUCCUCCUUUGCCCACAGCAGAGCAAGAUAUCCUCCCUCCCCCUCCCACUGAGCAGGAGCUAGACUUCCUCCCACCACCCAGCAUAACACUAUCCAAACCCACUAAAAUGACUGUCAAACCCAUCAGAAUGCCAACCUUGUGCAAAGUGCCCAAGCUUGAGCCUGCUAUUUCAUUUGACAAAAUGGACAUUCAGGCUACACAAAAGACCAAGAGUGGUGAAAUUGUGAAAAACGCCAUCGGAGUAUUAACUCAAAGCAACACCUCAUCAAUCAAGUCCACACUGAUCUCCUCUGAAUUUCAGUCAGCUUUUACAAAGCAGCCACCAGAGUCUCCACGGCCUCCCAAGAAAAUUUUCGCCCCCUUGAGACUCACCCCUCCCGCCUCUCCCCCACCAAGCAUAUCGCCCACAAGCAAGUUCAAAACCCAAUUAAUACAAGCCGAGCACAAAUACAGACAGCAGAGGGAAGGGAGCUGCACACCACCGCGCUCCCCGGCUUUUGAAAUUCACAUGCACGAGUCUGUGAGCGCAGCCCUUGAAAUGCUUUCUUCUGAGAGCACAGACACAGUGCAAUCAGAGGCAAGCAUAUCAUUUGAUUUCACUCAAGAGAGAGCUCAAAAGAGUGUGACCAAAUCUGAAUCAGCCACAGAUUCAUCCAAGCACCCACAUCUCUCAGAUGCCCCCCCAAGCAAGGCUUUGAUCGCUGCUGCAAAUGAGAAAUCUCCUUCACAAUCUCCUGUUAUUUCCUCAGAUAAAAAGAACAUUAUCUCUAAUCAGCCAUCGCAAGGCUCUUCAGGUCAGCAGCAGACCACCUCCACUUCAACUAAGAAGAAAAAGAAGAGAUCCAUGGCAACAAAUAUACAACAGGUGACAUCUGUUACUCAAACAAGGACAGUUAUUAACAAUACAACACAAUCAUCUGAAGGAGUAAAAAACGACAAGCCUCAAACUAAAAAUGUGUCUGUGCAGGGUGCCACUGAGACCAAGAAUGUUGGAAAUUUUUUUACAAGCAGCACUCAAAAUGAAGAUGGAUCCAUGUCUGGAGAAAAAACAGAGGAGAGCAUGCCGAACACAAAUCAAGAAAAGACUAACAGUCAAAAGGCUAAGAAAGUUAGUAACAGUGCUAAGCUGGAGAGUUUGGUGAAAACAACAGUGGAACAGUCACAGAGUGUGAAAGUUAUAAAUUACAAUGAGAGGAAAGAAAUUGAGGGUAAAGUGGAAAAGGAGGCUAAAGAGAAACCUGGCGAGGAGCCCCCCGCCACUCCAAAAAAGAAAAGGAGGGGUAAAAAUAAGAAAGACAGGGAGGUGGCUCAGCGAGUACAAAGUAGCACCGUCAGUGUAGCAUCCACCUCACCCACAGAGGCCAAGCCUGCUGAGCCAAAAUGCCCAGUAUUAUCAUCCAAUAAAAAUCAAGAGGAAGUCUCGGUUAUGCAAACACAGCAGAACUUUCGAGGGGAACACACAGAGGUUUACAAGGAGGUCAUCAUUACUGAGAGUACAGUCAAGCAGCAGAGUUUCCAUGAGAAGGGCAGAGCUGUGAAACUUCAAAAUCAGGACAAUGACAAACAGCAGAUUCCAGAGGAAUUGAAAGAUAAAAGCCGAAAUAUUCCAGUAAAAAUGGCAGGAAAUUCUGCACAAAGGGAGCCUGCUGAGUCCUCGGCGGAGAGCGUUGGCGCACCGUUAAGGCAUGCUGAAGCUCAAAAGAUGUUGUCUCGUAUCACAGACUUACAGGGUGCUGAAAAAAUUGACUUUAAGUAUGUGAAGGCUUUUCUUACUGAAAUGCCAGCCUGGUUUCUUGGGCCAGAAGAGAAAAGUGAUUUGGAAAGGGCUGCAGCUGAGCCCAGUGAACAGAAGUUCAAAGAAAUACUUGCUCAAAUAAAAAUACUUGUUGAAACUAAACUAGCACACUUCGAUGGAAGUUCUGACACUAUUGAAAAGCAUGAAUGUAAAGCCACAUCAGAAAAAUUUGUCUCUCCUGGAGCAACACAAAGAAUUUCAAAAAUUACCAUUGGUUCUACAAAGAGUGAAACACAAAAGAUUGUCAAAGAGGAGACUAAGACAACACACAAAAGCCGAAAGCAAAAAAACAACAACAGUAAAACUCUAGACAUCAGAGCUCCAUCUCCAUCGUUACGAAUGCGCUCUGCCUCACCCACGUUCAUCACCAUCGAGUCCACGAGGAGAACCGACUCCCCCCAGAGAGUGCCGCCUCCGCCAACGGUGCCGACACCUCCGCCACGCACAUCCGAAAGCUCUCGCAUCAGCAGAGCCUCUCCAUCACCCUCUUCGAGCAGGGCGGAUAGUCUGACGCGACUACGAAAUGCAACAGCUACACUCUCCCGCGGAGCCUCGCCUGAUCCAUUGCCUCGCAUGAUGCCGCUCACUGGAAAGAAGUCUGAAAUCAUAGAAUCUCCUGCCACGUUCCAUCGACAGAUAAAACUAGAUUCUAAACCUACUGAAGAGAAAAAGUCCAAAGAAAAGACAUUCGGAUCUUCUGAAAUGGCAACGGUGACAUCGUUGGUUUCUGAGGGGGCUCAAAAAGUUAUAGGGAAUAAAACUAUCAUACAUGGAGAUGCUUUUGAUGUUCCAGAGUGUUUAGGCCUCAACAAGGAAGACACCAAGUCAGAGAGUCAAGUGAAAGAGAAAGAAAAUCUCUCCAAGGUGGAGCUUUUUGAGCUGGGCAGCAAAAUUUCGACUUUGGCAGAGAAAGGUGUUAUUAAAAAAGACCAAACUGACAAAACAGAGAAGACUGUUAGUGACCUGGAGCAUGAUGCGGAGAAGAAAGCAAGUCAACAAGAGGAUAUUCCCGCUUUCAACUUUAAGGAUAUUAAAAAUGUUUUUGAAAUGGGUGAGCAAAGUUCCCACAUCAAAGAGCUACCAAACAAACAGGAGGAACAGGAGUCAAGAGUGAUUGAUAUUGCGUCUGACGGUUCAAAGGCUGAGAUUCCUCCAGAGAGGGAACAAUGCACCCUGCAGAGCUCCCUGCCGCCUGUGUGCAAAGAAGUGAAAGUAGACACAUCUGUCGAUCCAACAGGCUUUUCGGAGACAAAAACAGUCACUGAACAAUAUUCUUCUGUUGAUGGGUACAGCAUAAAAAUGAUCGGAUCAAGAAGCUCUACAACAGUUUCCAAACACACUCAAAAUGUUACAACGCAACGGGUGCCUUUCUCCUACGCUGAUGCUGUGAAGAAAAAAACAAUAGAGGUGAAGGUUUCGCCCGAGGCCUCUGCUGAGGAACUGAUGAAGAAUUUCCACAAGACGUGGACAGAAAGUGGGAGUGCAUUCAAAAGCUUGAGUGUCACAGAUUCGAGUACCAAAGUCCGAGAUGUGUGCAGUGUGCAGGAAGAGGGUGUACCCGAUGGAAGGCCUGAUAGCCGACAAAAAGAAGUUCCAUAAAACCUGUUUUUUCUGUGAACACUGCAAAAGCAAAUUGAGCCUUGGCAACUUUGUCUCUCUCCAUGGACAUUUAUACUGCCAACCACAUUAUAAACAACUCCUCAAGUCUAAAGGAAAUUUCGAGGAUGGGUUCGGACAAGGAUUGCAAAAAGACCACGAAGGGUCGGACUGGAGACAUUCACUUUCUCAAAGCAGCAUCUACUCACUCACAGAUAUGUUUGAAAAAGAAGUCAAUAAACUGUAUGAAAAACCAGAUCAAAACCCUAACAAGAUUUCCUUGGUGUGGCCCCCACAAACAACCUCUCCGAAAAACACUUUCUCUUUGGAUCAGGAUGUGAAAUUAGUGAAACCAGUUUGGCCUCCCAAAAGCGAAAGUUCUCCGAAAAAGUCUUCGAAAUACCAGCGACAGAAAGCAUCCCAGAGGAUCACACUUUAGGAGGAUGACAACAAGGCCUUGAGGGCUAGAUAGAGAGGGAGAGUGAAGGAGACAUUUAAUUUAUCUGCAACACACAAAGUUUGUCAGAACAGAAUGAAAAAUUGUGCAAACUUCCAAAACACGAAAGCACAUCACAAUGAUGAAGAGCUUUGAAUGCAGGGUGAAAAUAGACCUUUGGAGGUGUGGAGAAACGUGUAUAGAGAGACAAUGGAGGUGAAAAGGUAACAGGAAGUUGAUAAGGAUUACUAGAAAUGAUAAAUAUGUUGUAGAUAUUUAUUUCAAUAUAUAAAAAGACAGUAGACAGGAGUUAAGAAGGUUUCAAUGUUAUGUAGAAGGAAGGAACUAAAAGAAAGUGCAAAAAAAAAAUGAAGAAAAUGUUUAAUUUUUCAAUAUGGAAUUAGUUAAAAUAAUCUGUGCUCUUCAUUUUUAAGGGAAUCUUAUGAAAACUAUCAAGAAUAUGCCCAGGUCACAUUUUAUCCCAAAAUCAAAGGAAACAUACAAUCAAUUAUAUUUUGUUGAACAAAAAUGAAAGCCACUUUUUAGGACCAUUAAGAGUUUUUGCAUUAUGAUUUUAGUUUUUAAGAUAAUUAAGCAGAUUUAUAAUUCUCAUUACAUGUAGAAACGAUAAAACAGUGAUGUAAUAUAUUAUUUUAAUUGUAAACUAUUUAUAAAUCAUGGUUGUAUUUUUGUACUGCCUUUAACUUUUGAUGAUUCAACCCUUGUGCGGUGUUCCUCAUUGGCUACCACUCCCUGAGUUCCCGGGUGAAAAUGACAGACCCAUUUAAAUGGUUUAUGAAUCUCACAUAAUCCAAAUAUUAUCACAAAAUAUUGCGUUAUAUCUUUUUUCAACUUGAUUCAAGUAACUAGCACAGGUUCUGUACCUCUUUUUGGAAUUUAUUGACAAUAGGCCUAAAUGACCUCAGCUAAUUCAACUACAUUUUGUGUUAAAAAGUUUUUUUAUGGAUAUUUUUGCUAUUAAAUGCUAUACAUUAAAUUUUAUUAAAUGCCAUACAUUAACUCUUUUAUUUAGUAAAAUAUGGCAGAAAGUCCCACUUGUGGUAUUCCAGUCAAAAAUGACUGGCCCAUUAAAUUGUAUAUACAUCCCUCAUUAUGAAUAUAUAUUUCACUAGCUUUUUAACUUUUUGGUUUUGCGCUUCUUUUUGAAACUCAUAUACACUAGGCUUUAUUGACAUAACCUUAAUUGAUUAUUUUUACUAAAUAAUAAAAAAACAUUCAAAAUUGCCCUUGCUAUUUAUCACAGAAUUAUUAUUUUAAUGUUUAACAAAGAAGUUUGCUUUAACACAAUUUUAAUUUCUCAAAAAUGGCACAUACCUGUACACCUGUAGUAUGGUGAGUGUGAGUGUGAGUGUGAGUGCGAGUGCGUGUGUGUGUGUGUGUGUGUGUGUGUGUGUGAGAGAGAGAGUGUCUGUGUUUGUGAGUGUGUGUGUGUGUGAGAGAGUGUCUGUUUGUGUGUGUGUGUUGGGGUCCAAACAUUUUGUGUGCUUUCAGACACGAUUCAAGCCAAUGAAGUUUAUUCCAAUUUGGUUAAAAAAAAUCAUAAAAAUAAAAGUAAUGCGGGUAAAAAUGAAUGGAACACAACAUAAGGGUAAGUGUUUUUUAUUGUAAUACGGUAGAAUUACAAAAACAAAAAGUGACAUCUUGACUACAUGGCUACUAUUAUGGUUAAUGAGAAUUUUGAGUGAAUAUAUGCUUAAUUGUUUUGAAAAUAAUGUAAAAAAAUUUAAUUCUUAAUGAUAUUUACAGUAUACAUAUUCUUAAUAUAUGUAUAUAUACAGUAUAUAUAUAUAUAUAUAAUAUAGAUUAUUAUUGUAAUAUUUUUUAAUUAACUGAUAUAAAAUUAUCAGGUGCCAUAUAUGUAGGUCAGUUUCAGUAAAUACUGCAAACUUUAUUCACAUUACAGAUCCAGAAAUUUGCCCAAACAUUCAGUUCUGUAGGACAAUUUGCAAUAGUCCAUGGAGGGAAGACAAAUUUAAUAUUAAAUUGAACUUUUUUUUUUAUUCACACCCCUAUAUUUUUGUAUUCUUUAUGAGUUUAUACUAUAUCCUGCAGAUUCUUUCCACAUUUCAAAAAUGUUUUGUGUACGGGUACAAGCACCUGGAGUGCCGUGCAGAAUGAAUAUGAACAAAACUCAUGUGUAAAUCUUUUGACUUGUUUAUAAUGGAAGUUUAUUUCUUUCUAUAAACAGAACUUUGUGAGGAUCAUUAUAUUUUUAGAGUUGUCUUGUGUGAUUUAUGAUGGACAGUCCCUGAUCGUUAAAUUUGAGUCAGGCUGGUUCACAAAGAGGUCUUGCUAAUUUAUU